UAUCUUCGCUCCAUGUUCCACAGUCAGAGUACAGAUCAGUUCCUCUUCCCUCUGCUCAUGUAAACUGAGCUCCUGCAGACUCAGCACUCUGAUCAUGACCAGACGACUGCUGCUGGUGUCCAACUCCACGCUGUAUGGAGGAGGAUAUCUCCAACAUUGUCAAGAGAACAUUGCUGAUUUCUUCGGAAAACAGGUGAAGAGGAUCCUGUUCGUCCCAUAUGCUCUACAUGACCGGGACCAGUACACCAAGACAGCCAGAGACAAGCUGAACAGUCUGGGUUAUGAGGUGGACAGUGUUCACGAGGCUGCAGACCCUGUCGAGGCUGUGCGUAAAGCUGAGGCCAUAUUCAUUGGUGGAGGAAACACAUUCCGCCUGCUCAAAGCCCUCUAUGAUAACAACUUGGUGACUGAAAUUAGAAAAAGAGUGCUUCAGGAUGGAGUUCCAUAUAUGGGCUCGAGUGCCGGCACUAACGUGGCUACAGUUAGCAUUAACACCACUAAUGACAUGCCCAUCGUUUAUCCCCCCAGCUUCUCCGCCAUCGGCCUCGUCCCAUUCAAUAUCAACCCACACUACCUGGAUACUGACUGUAACAGCAGGCACAUGGGGGAAACACGUGAGCAGAGAAUCACUCAGUAUCAUGAGGAGCCUAACACACCAUGUGUGCUGGGUCUGAGAGAAGGAUCCAUGCUGCUGGUGGAAGGAAACACAGCCACGUUACUCGGCACCACCAACGCUCGACUCUUCCAGAGGGGAAAGCAGACGAGUGAACACGAACCUGGCAGCGAUCUGAGCUUCUUACUGACUGAUCCACAGUAACAGAGACAGACAUCAACACCUGGGAGAAUCACUGACACUGUGUGAAGCCCUGUAAUGAUCUCAUAGUAAACUGAAGACAUCUCAUAUCGAAACUGAGUUUUUCUGAAUGUUCUGCUGUGAAUUGCGACACUUUACACGAGCAUCAGUUCUGCAGGAAGGAAUAGUGAUAAUGAAGUCUUUAUGACACUUUAUAACACUUCAGCUUCUGGUGAUCAUCCCUGCAGGAGUGACCUUUAACCCUUUAGUGAGCUGAUAAAAAUAAUACAGUCUGUUCUACAAUUUAUAGAACGUCUAGAAUCAUCGUCGUGUUUUACAUUUUAUCAAACAGUUUUUUACCAAAAAUUGAAAAUUUCUUGAUCAACAGAAUUUAAUAUUGUUGGUUGUAUAAUUGUAAUAUAAUUGUUGUAUUUUUAAACAUACUGAUUUUUCUGUCAUUCUCAAGUCGAGCCAUGAUGAAGGAGGCGGAGCUUGUAGCACUUUCCAUACGAUUAAACCCCGUAUUAAUUACGCUCUACGGACUUGAAUCAGAUCCUGAGAUUAAAGCUGACGUUCACAAAA